CUUCGUCAGCAUUUUUUUCUAAAGCAUGACACGAGUUUUACAGUUGCUCGCAAAGAAAGAGAGAGAGAAAUAUUAAAGUGAAAUCAAAGUGAAUGAAAAAAAUUUGACAAAACAAUAAAGCAAAAAAGCAAAAAAAAAUUAAUUCUAGAGAAAUGGCCGGUGCAACGAUGUUGGCGGUGUCUAUGACAAAUCGAAAUGAAGGCAUCAAUCAGCUUAAUGCAAUUGUUUCCGAUCCAAGUAUCGCCGAUGAUGAUGAGGAUAAUAUUCGUAUUAAGGAACAAGGCAUCCUUCAAUUGGGUGAACUUUAUAAAAAAGAGGGAAAAGCUAAAGAAUUAGCUGACCUUAUCAAAGCAACUAGGCCUUUUCUUAGUCUCAUCAGCAAGGCAAAAGCUGCCAAACUCGUCAGGUCCUUGGUCGACUUUUUCCUCGAUUUAGAAGCUGGUAUUGGUAUUGAGGUUCAACUAUGCAAAGAAUGUAUAGAAUGGGCAAAAGAGGAACGUCGAACAUUUUUGCGACAAUCAUUGGAGGCAAGAUUGAUUGCACUUUAUUUCGAUACGGGAAUGUUUAGCGAUGCAUUGCAAUUGGGCUCGGCGCUUCUUAAGGAACUGAAAAAAUUGGAUGAUAAACAAUUACUCGUUGAAGUUCAACUUCUCGAGAGUAAAACUUAUCAUGCACUUAGUAAUCUAUCGAAAGCAAGGGCAGCAUUGACUAGUGCACGUACAACAGCAAAUGCCAUUUACUGCCCACCAAAAAUGCAAGCCGCACUUGAUCUUCAAUCGGGCAUUUUACAUGCAGCUGACGAACGAGAUUUCAAGACUGCCUAUUCCUAUUUUUACGAAGCAUUUGAAGGAUAUGACAGUGUGGAAUGUCCAAAAGCAUUGACCGCACUCAAGUAUAUGUUACUGUCGAAAAUAAUGUUACGAACACCAGAAGACGUUCAAUCAAUAAUGUCAGGUAAAUUGACGGUGAAAUAUGCGGGCAAAGAUUUGGAUGCAAUGCGUUCAGUCGCUGAUGCAAGUCAUAAACGUUCAUUAGCCGAUUUUCAAGCCGCUGUUAAACAAUAUCGACAGGAACUCGAGGAGGAUGUUAUUGUUCGAGCUCAUCUUGGAUCACUAUACGAUUCAAUGUUGGAACAAAAUCUUUGUCGUAUCGUCGAACCUUAUUCGCGUGUGCAGGUGGCUCAUAUAGCUACAUGCAUAUCAUUACCAAUCGCUCAAGUUGAAAAAAAAUUGUCUCAAAUGAUACUCGAUAAGAAAUUAAAAGGUGUCUUGGAUCAGGGCGAAGGUGUACUUAUUGUUUUCGAAGAUACGCCUCGCGAUAAAACUUAUGAAAUAGCACUUGAUACGAUACACAGCAUGGGAAAAGUUGUCGACACUCUUUAUCAGAAAGCCAAGAAGCUCACCUAGCCUUAUUUAAUAUAAUUUUAUAUAUAAAAAAAAAAACAAAACAAAUCUAUUAUAAUAAUAAUUAUUAUUAUCGAUUAGCUAACGUCAUUAAAAACUAUUAAUUAA